AUGGACGCCAAUCCCCAGACGCAGUCUGCCUUCAUCACGACCCUGCCGAGAGAAGUGCGCGAUGCCAUCUAUCUCGAGCUGUGGCGCUCCAGCGGCCUGCGCCAGCACAUCCUAUUCCACAGCUACGAGAGCGACUGCAACGCGAGACACUUUUGUCGCUGGGCGUGCACGACCGACUUUUGUGUCGAGAGUCCGCUGCAGCAGGACAUCGAGCAACUAAGGCGUGACCUUGAUGUGCCCCUCGGCGAGGAUAUCGAGAAGAAUCGAGACCCGAGAUCCACUCUCUAUGGCCGACGGAUGCAAAGCCCCUGGCUCAACCACUGGGCCUGCGGCGAGCGGGCCGAAAAGGCCCAUGGAGCCCGGCGCCGAUGCACAAGUGCUGAUACCCCUGCUUCCAGCUCUGCCGAAUGCCUCAGGUCAAUCUACGAGUCCACGACAUUCGUCUUCACCGACAUGAAAACGGUCCAGAUGUGGUUUGGCUACUGCGCUUUGCCACCGUUCAUGCAAGCCUGGCCGAAGCGCGGCCUCACGCCGCCCGCGUUCUACAAGUACGCCAGAACCUUCGAGCUCUCACUGUUUCCCACGUUUCCCCUCGACCUGCUCUGCGCGACCAAGGAUCUCCCCGGGUUGGCGAUGCGGCACGCUGUCUACGACUUUCACUGGCUGCGCUUGGACCGAUUUGAGCACCUGACCAACGUCAACAUAUGGAUCGACUCUCGGUCGCUGAUGCCUCUGCCCGAGGACGCUCUGAACUUUUCGGGAAUCAAGCAUUUCUCUCGCGAGACGCUGCACGAAGCUCUGGCUUGCUUUUCGAGCGUUCCUUCGGUCACCAUCAGCACUGCCCUAGGUCCGGGCAUCGGUCCAGAAGAUGACGGCCGCGUCGAGGACAUUGCUCCGCCCGGAGUCACAUUGUUCAAGCGCGGCCUUGGAGAUCGAUUUCACCCGUAUCUCAAUGCAAUCAUGCCUGGCAAACCGCUGGACGGACUUAUCCAUACCUGUGUGCAGAGAGAAGUUCGGUUGGCAACCGAAGGUGGUGGUAUCAAGCUAGAUUAGGCCCACGACUUGUCCAUCUGGGAAUCGUGAUUUUCAGGUUGAGGGGCUUGCUAACCGUGUUGUGUUUUCACCUGUGUAUGGGAGCAGUUCGGGCGGCUCCUUGUGCAGUAAUCGUCAAGGAGCAAUUGGAUCUUCAUUAACAAGUUCUUCCUCAGCCCCUGGCCAGCCCCCACGUUCUGUAGCUCCUCAGGCGCCUCCUGACGUGACAGCGUGUCAUUUCACGGAGCCCUCAACGCCAUAGACCCUCAAUAGACUUUGCAAAC